AUGCUCUCAGAGUUUGUGGUCACGAUCGUCGGGUCAUUGUUGGCCCUCUUCCUUGUGGUGCUAUAUUUCGCCGAGCCCGCCGACGAUGCCCUGGCCGCCGAGGUGAUUCUGGGAGAUAGGCGCGAUGACAAUCGCUGGCUGCCGCCUGUGUUCGUGGACUUCGCCGGAGCAAAGGACGUGCCGCAGAACACGUUGGCGGCCAUCCAGGAAGCGAAGAGAAUGAACGCCUCGGGAAUCAAGCUUUAUAUGUCCAUCACGAGCGACGACGUCGGAGUCCUGUUUCACGUAAAAACCCUGGAGGUAACCGCAAAUGGCGAUGGUCCGUUGGACGAGGUGGCCUUCGAAGACUUGCGCCGUGAGGACAUUACCGAAAAGAACCCAUCAGCGGUGCGCUACCGGAACGAGCGGGUACCGACGCUGGAAGAAGGCGUCGAUGAGUGUCUGCGUCAGGGCCUUCGGAUCAUCGUGAAUGUCGAGGGGGACGACUUCCGUGCAAUGUUCGCCCUAGCCGAACUGUUCCGCAAGCGGCCCGAACUAUCCAGACGAGUUCUUGUAGUGUCUCCCAGUCCGAUGUUUCUCUUCCGCCUGGGAGGUCACAAUGCAACAUUUGUGACGGCAUUAGCCUGGCGACAUGGAACUAUGGCGUACGUGGACAAAAGCUACACCAAGCGACGCUACGAAAACAUCGGCUGGCACUUGAUUGCGAGGGCCGCCGACUGGCUCCUUAGUUGGUCCUUUGACUACGGCCUGCUGACUCGCCUGUCCAUGGUUUCGGCAGUGCUAGUCAAUGCAAGCAUGAUCAGUCCCCAGUACGCACAGUCUUGGAGUGACUGGGGUCUGCGUGUCAUCGCGCUGGCUUCGAACGACCCGGCCGAGCACGAAUAUCUUCGUCGAGUUGUUCAAGUGCCUAUCCUUACAGACAACUUACGUCGUACUUAG